CAUAUAGUACUAUAUAUUUUAGUUUAGUAUAAUAUUCAUGUUAAGCUGUGUUCUGUCGGGACUCGAGACAAUAAUACGCUUCAAAUUGUUGGCUUCCCCACAGUGUAACCAAACCCACAAACAAGAAUUAACCAUGGGUGCAAUGCGUCCACAGUUAAGUGCCGGAAAAGCUAGAGCUUUCUCUCAAAUGGGGUUCUUCUCUGACACAGCAAGUGGAGAAGGGGAGAAGAGCAUCUACACAAUUUUGACCUUGGAUCGUUGGGACUCGCUCAAUCAUAUGGGGUAUAAAAUGGCUUCACUUAGGCCCGUUCAUGGCAAGUUGGCUUUGAAAUUCUUGAACUGGUUUGUUAAGCAACCUGGUUUGGAGUUCAGUCAUAUUAUUAAUAUGUAUGGCAUCACGACCCACAUACUCAUUAGAGCUAGAAUGCAUGACUAUGUUAAGUCAAUUUUGGGGCAUUUAUCUGACAUGGAUAUUGGGCCAAGUUCUGUUUUUGGUGCUCUAAUGGAUACAUAUCGCCUUUGCAGUUCAAACCCUUGUGUUUUUGACCUCUUAAUUAGGGUUUAUGUGAGAAAAGGUACAAUUAAAGAUGCUCUUAAGAUAUUUGAUUUGAUGAGUUCUCGAGCAUUUAAACCGUCGGUUUACACUUGCAAUAUGCUCCUAGCAGCAAUCGGGAAGAAGGGGAAUGCUGAGUCCGUCUGGUCGUUUUUCAAAGAAAUGCUUGCUAAACGUAUCUGCCCUAAUGUUGGUACAUUCAAUAUACUUUUACAAGUUCUUUGUGCCAAAGGAAAGGUCGAGAGUGCAAAGUAUUUGCUUGCAAAGAUGGUAGAGAGUGGUUAUAACCCUGAUGUGGUUACUUAUAAUACUUUGCUUAAUUGGUUUUGCAAAAAGGGAAGGUAUAAAGCAGCUUUAGAACUGAUUGAUUGCAUGAAUUGUAAAGGUCUUGAAGCCGAUGUUUGUACAUACAACAUAUUUAUAGAUGACUUGUGCAGGAAGAACAGGAGUGCUAAAGGUUAUUUAGUAUUGAGGAAGAUGAGGAAGAGAUUGAUUGUUCCAAAUCAUACUACCUAUAAUACUCUUAUUAACGGGUUUGUGAAAGAGGGGAAGAUUGACAUUGCAGUGAAGAUUUUUCAUGAGAUGUUGAAGCUGAAUCUUUCACCAAAUUGUAUCACUUUCAAUUCUUUGAUUGAUGGGCAAUGUCAAGCAGGCAAUCUUAAAGAGGCUCAAGAGAUGCUGACUGAAAUGGAGACAAGAGGUCUACGGCCCAAUGAAGUUAGUUAUGGGGCUCUCUUGAAUGGUUUCUGCAAGCAUGGGAUAUUGGAUUCUGCACGAAAUAUCGUCAAGAAGAUGAAGCGAAACGGAUUGUCUAUCAAUCAGGUUGCUUAUACAAUGUUAUUAGAAGGGAUAUGCAAAACGGGGUCGCUUGGAGAAGUUGUACCGUUACUUGAGGAUAUGUUUGAGAGUGGUAUAUGUCUCGAUGUUGUUGCAUACUCGGUACUUCUGAAUGGAUUUUGUAAAGCUGGAAUGCUAAGUACAGCAAUGGAAAUAUUAUGUAGGAUGUACAAGUUUGGAGUUUUCCCGAACGAUGUAGUAUACUCUACUUUGAUCUACAACUUUUGCAAACAGCAAAAUGUCCUAAAAGCAAUGAGAGUCUAUGCAAUGAUGCACAAAACAGGCCAUCAUCCUGACACUUUCAUAUGCAACUCACUGAUAUCUUCUCUUUGUACAGGUGGAAGAGUAAGGGAGGCAGAGGAUUUCAUGCGUCACAUGCAUAAGAUUGGUCUUGUUCCCAAUUCUGUUGCUUUUACUUCUGUUAUUGAUUGCUAUGGAAAUGUAGGUGAAGGGUUAAAAGCAUUAUCCUGGUUCGACGAAAUGAUUAACUUGGGUAGACAGCCUAGCUUUAACACCUACGCAAGCUUACUAAAGGGAAUAUGCAGAGGAGGAAACCUUACAGAGGCUCUUGGAUUAUUUGAUAAACUUCGUGGAAGUAGCUGUGCGGCAGAUGUUGUUGUCUACAACUCAUUGCUGGCUGAGAUCUGUAAGUUAGGCCACUUCCACAUGGCAUUAAUCCUUAUCGACGAGAUGGUUCAGAAUAAUGUGCUCCCUGAUAGUCAUACCUACACCAAUCUCCUAGCUGGCUUGUGUGGGAAGGAUAAGUUGGUGCCUGCGAUUCUUCUGUUGGAAAGAGCAUUGAGUAGAGGAGACCCCUCUUCAAACCGGGUCAUGUAUACUUGUAUCAUUGAUGGACUUUUCAAGAGUGGCUUGCCUAAGGUUGCAAGUUACUUCUAUGAUGAGAUGACAAGAAAAGGUCUUACCCCAGAUACUGUGGCACUGAAUGUGGUGAUGGAUGGUUACACAAAACAUGGACAGAUGGAUAAGGUGAGCAGUCUCUUUUCUACAAUGAGACAGAGAGGUCAAAUGCCUUCCUUGGCUACACAUAAUAUUUUAUUACGAGGCUACUCGAGACAGAAAAACAUAUCUGACUGCUCUAAGUUAUAUCAGUCACUUAGAGAAAAAGGUCUUGGUCCAGAUAAAUUAACAUGCCAUUAUGUGACCCUUGGACUCUGUGAGUCGAGUCUGCUGGAUAUUGGGGUUAAAUUUAUGAUAAAGAUGAUCUCGGGGGGAAUAGUGGCAGAUAAAUUCACAUUCAACAUGAUUAUCAGUAAAUAUUGUGAAAGGGAUGAGGUGAAGAAGGCCCUUGAUCUUCUUACUUUAAUGACUUCCUUAGGUGUUUCUCCUGAUAGAGACACUUACAAUUUGAUAUUUAAGGGACUGAAAAGAACAUUGGACUUCCAAAAUUCACAUCUUCUCUUGCAUAAAAUGAUCGAAGAGGGUUUUGUCCCAAUUGACAGACAAUACUGCAAUUUAAUCACUAGUAUGUGUAAAGUUGGAGAUGUAAAGGGAGCAUUCAAACUAAAAGAUGAAAUGGAGUUGUUAGGUGUUAGUUCCCGUAAUAUAGCUGAGGGUGCAAUUAUAAGGGGGCUUGUGCGUCGUGGGAAGAUGGAGGAAGCAAUGCUGGUCCUUGAAUGUAUGCUACGGGUGCAUCUACUUCCUACUGUUGCCACAUUCACAACUGUUAUGCAUGGACUUUGCAGAAGUUCUAAGCCCUUCGAGGCCUUAAAAUUGAAAGCUACUAUGGAGCUUCAUGGUGCAAAGCCAGAUGUUAUUGCUUACAAUGUCCUCGUAACAGGCCUUUGUGCUGGUGGAUAUAUUGAUGAUGCAUUUGAUCUCUAUGAGGAGCUGAAAGAGAAGGGUAUGUGUCCCAAUAUUACAACCUUCACGGUUCUUCUCAAUGCAUUUUGUUCUGGGAAUGAUCUUGCAAAGGGUGAAAGCCUUCUAAAUGAUCUGCAAGAGAGAGGACUGGCAGGUGGAUAUUCAAAUACCCAAGCGUUAUGUGAAAGACUGACAAUCAUGAAGGACAAGCUAAAUGCUUUAAGGAAGAAGAAAAAGAAAAUAACCCGCAAGGGUGGCUCAGUUGGUUGAGCAUGGGGCUUUCAUAAUGGAGGUCUUAGGUUCGAAACCCCCUGCCUACGACAGCAGGGGGUUUGCCUUCUGGGUUGAGCUCGUCACACGGGGCUUGACUAGUACGGGUUAUCUCUCCUGUGUGGUUUGCGAGCUAUUGCACAGGAGCUGAGUUUAUCCUGUGCUCACCCGAAGGGUAGCGGCUGCGGGUUCCCAUGUCAUCAAAAAAGAAGAAAAAGAAAAGAAGAUAAGUAUUGAUAUAGAAAGAUAACACUGGGAACAGUUAUCUAGCUUGCUGGAAAUGAGGUCUUCAUGAGGGUCUCAUGGCUUAAACCAACUUCAAUGGUAAUCACGUCUAUCUGAGACGUCUGCAACUGAAACUUUGGACAUUUCUACCAUUUGAAGUGUAUUUCUAUGUUCGGUAUCCUUUAAGAUAUCUGACCUACAAGGUGGAUAUAAGGAUUAUUGCAGCUCACAAAGUGGUCUAUUGUGUAUCUGACACUCUGUCCGAAUAGGUAUUUGGCAUUGCUUGCUUUGGUUAUUCUGUUUAAUGCACCAGGACUAUCUACUUAUGUGCUCUACAUUGAAGUGCAUUUCGUUAUCUAGCAAGACGACUAGAGUUGAAGUGUUGCAAAUCACAUCGAAGCUUUUUUCUUCAAUAUGUACUGUUCUCUGGCAAAACACGAACAAUUCCUGCCUCCACCGAACUUUCUGAAGAAGAGAUAAGAAAUCAAAUGCCUUUGCUGCUAGGUGACGGUGAUCAGGUAUUUGACAGUUUAUUGACCUGAUAUGUCUACUUGUGACAAGCUUUUUCUUGUCACUUCUUUCUCAACACCUCCCUCCACAAUAAAAAGGUAGAAAUGAUAUGGAAAUGAUGUGUGUGGAUCAUCAGGAAACCAUAUGGACUCAAAUUACCUUUGGAUACCGCAUUCUCCAGACUUUUCGAAACCAGUUUGUAAACACCAUUUAAGAACUGUGAAUUUCCACUGUUCUCAAUGGUUGUCUCUCUGCUUUUACCUUGGACUGGUCGAAGUCUCGGAGUAUUAGAUGCUAGAACCCCUGAUCCUAAAGGUGAUCAUUUAUGUUCAUCUACCCCAGCUCGUACUCCGUUUGCUGGAAGAUGAACUCAGUAACAAUGGCAGAUGACUUCUUCUUAAGGCAGCUCCCUGAUAUGCUCUGUACCAGAACAUCUUUAACAUAUGUAAAUCUAAUAAUGAAGGCAGGCAAGCCGGAUGACGGUGUGGGACAUCUACUUGCAGCCAGUAUCUGAGGCAACUGGAGGAGUCUGGCAGAGAGGUGGAAUAUGCAGUGCUCAUUUCAUUUAGCUCAUUUUCUUUCAAUAGCAGAUGCUCGUCGUCUUGUUCUCAUGGCAGACAAAAGAUGUAACUUCUUAAUGUAGUUAGAAAUAAGGCUUAAAUGCAUGUGCGGCCCCCUAAACUUGCCCUUUUUUUUUUUUUUCAUUUUGGCACCUCAACUAAGUGUUGUUCCUAUUGAACCUCAGAACUCGUUCUCAAGUGUAUCCUCAACUAAGUUGGAUUCUGUUUGAUAGACACACUUGAGGACGAGUUCAUGGGUUCAAUAGUAAUAACACUUAGUUGGGUGCAAAAAUGAAAAAAAGGGGCAAGUUUAGGAGGCUGCAUAUGGAUUAAGCCUAGAAAUAAACUUGUUUUGGCUUAUGUAGUGUUAACAAUCAACUGACAAGGUCUAGUUGUCUCUCACCAUUUUUAUAUUUUGUCUCUCCCUAAAAUUAUGUGUUUAUAAUUAUUAAUUUAUCUCUCGCUUAAGUAAAUUUUGGAAGGUUA